CCCAGCACUGCUGCCAGCGGGCUGCUGGACAGCCCCACUUCCAUCACCCCGCCGCCCAUGCUGAGCGCUGACGACCUGCUGGGCUCCCCCACCUUGCCUGACUGCGCCAGCAACCCCUUCACCUUCUCCAGCCAGGAGCUGGUCAGUCUCUUUGCCCCCAGCAUGGGGGUGCAGGUGCCCAGCGGCAGCUCCCCCACCACCUUCUUGUUCAGGCCCAUGUCCGAGUCCCCCAACAUGUUUGACUCGCCACCCAGUCCUCAGGACUCCCUCUCUGACCAGGAGGGCUAUCUGAGCAGCUCCAGCAGCAGCCACAGCGGCUCAGAUUCCCCUAUCCUGGACACCUCAAGACGUCUUCCCAUCUUCAGCAGACUCUCCAUCUCUGACGACUAAUCUGGGGUUUCCUCUUGCUCCCCCCCACCUCUAUUACAAUGUUAAGCUGAACUCCCCCCACCCUGUCCCCAGUAGACUGAGCUGGAUGUUAACUUGUCCACCUGCCUGCCGUAGACCCACUGGCUUAAACCUUAAGUGCCAAAUUACGAUGAAAGCAAUAACGUUUACAAAAUUAGUGCCUUUUUAACACUUUCACUGUGACUGUAUUACCUCUCCAGCUGCAGAGGGCACCAGCAGCUCUGUGCACUUCCAGAUGUGCAGGA